AUGGCAGUCGGCAAUCCAGAUACAUGGAUAGAGCAGCUCCGACAAUGCAAGUACCUCCCUGAACCCGAUAUCAAAGCAUUAUGCGAGAUGGUCAGAGGCAUACUCAUGGAAGAAAGCAACAUUCAACCGGUCAAUAGUCCUGUUACAGUAUGCGGUGACAUCCAUGGUCAAUUUUGGGACUUGCUCGAACUGUUCAGAGUCGGUGGAGAACCUCCGGAUACUUCUUAUGUCUUUAUGGGAGAUUUUGUGGAUCGAGGAUACUUUAGUCUGGAAACCUUCUCGUUACUUAUGGCGUUGAAAGCGAGACAUCCUUCUCGCAUCACACUGCUUCGAGGCAAUCACGAGAGUCGACAAAUCACACAGGUAUAUGGGUUCUACGAUGAAUGUCAGCGGAAAUAUGGCAAUGCAAAUGUCUGGAAGAGCUGCUGUCAGGUUUUCGACUACCUCAACUUGGCAGCUAUCAUCGAUGGGAGGGUGUUGUGCGUUCAUGGAGGUCUAAGUCCAGACGUACGAACAUUGGACCAAAUCAGAAUCAUCGCAAGAGCGCAGGAAGUUCCUCAUGAGGGUGCUUUUUGUGACCUCAUGUGGAGUGAUCCAGACGACAUUGAUACGUGGCGAGUAUCUCCGCGCGGCGCCGGCUGGUUAUUCGGCGGAGCGGUAACAAAGGAGUUCAACCACGUCAAUGGUCUCUCUCUCAUAGCUCGUGCCCAUCAGCUCGUUCAAGAAGGCUACAAGCUCAUGCACGACAAUAACAUCGUGACUGUUUGGUCAGCUCCCAAUUACUGCUAUAGAUGCGGUAAUGUUGCUUCGAUCUUCGCAGUAGAUGAUUUGAUCGCUUACGAAAGCAAGGAUGGUGCAUCGGCUCUCGUCGCCGGUGCGCAAGAAGGCGAGGAAGAUGAUGAAGAAUCAACAAAGAAGCUUUCAAUAGCAGCAGGGGAAGAGGGAGAAGCAGGGCAAGGUGGAGGAAAGAAACCAUGGGAAGCGACACAGAACAACUUCAAGAUUUUUGACGCUGUACCCGAUCAAACGAGGACUGUUACUUUGCAUAGCCAGUACUUCCUCUAA